AUGAGACAAGUUUUCUUUAUUGCACUCUUCCUGAUGUCUGUGGUUGAAAGGAUAUGCGCCUUUGGCACUCGUCCCAGGCCACUGACUGCCUACUCGCGUCAUUUCACGGGCAGUUCUAUGAAAGCGUCAGUCCAAGAAUCAAGAGCAGAAACAAAGAAACAGCGACCCGCCACGGGCACUAUAUCAAUGAGUGUGAAGAAGGUCUCUGGAGGCCAACUUAAUUUAAAACACCAAGAGGAGCAUCAGCCCCCUCUGAUGAACCUGUUCACAAUCAGCAAAGAAGAUUUGACAGAUAUUAUGGGAUCAUGGGGGUAUCCGCGAUAUCGGGCGGACCAAGUGUAUCACUGGAUCAAGGACAAAGGUGUGGUGAAUGUGGAUGAAAUGCACAACAUUCCAAAAAAGUUGAAACAAGACUUGGCCAAGUUUUCGUCUUCAUCCUCAGAACAGUCGGAACAGGAAUUUGUAACUGGAAAUCAUGCCACCUCUGCUGGAGGAGCUCUAGAAGUCAUACGAGAACAAGUGAGCCCCAAAGAUGGAACCGUAAAACGUCUCUAUAAAUUGAGAGAUGGACUUUUGAUUGAAUCCGUACUCAUGCCUUAUGAUGAUGGACGCUGGACAACCUGCAUCAGCAGUCAGGCGGGAUGCGCUCAGGGUUGCGUCUUUUGCGCUACCGGACAAAAUGGAUUUCAACGACAAUUGACUUCCGAUGAAAUUGUGGAACAGGUCACUCGAUUCUCGACUUUUCUCAAAUCGAAUCAGCUGGAGGUUCCAAAAGGAAACCGAAAGCGACACGGAAAACAACAGCGUCUUUCCAACGUUGUUUUCAUGGGAGAAGGAGAACCUCUCGCCAAUUUCAGAAACGUCAUGGAAGCAGUGCCACGCAUUCAAGAGUUGGCAGGCAUCGGGGCCCGAAAGAUUACUAUAUCGACAGUGGGCAUCGUACCAAACAUUCGCAAGCUAAUGGAAUCGCCCAUACAGGUCCGCCUCGCGGUAAGCUUGCAUUGUGCUAACGAUUUUGAACGCUCGGCAUUGCUGCCUGCCAAUCGACGAUUUGGUGGCCUCCAAGAGCUCAUGACGACACUCUAUGACUAUAUUGAAACAACGGGCCGACGAUUGACGUUGGAAUGGGCUUUGAUUGAAGGUGAAAAUGACACCCCCCGGGUAGCAAGACAGUUGGGGGACCUUCUGCUUCAAUACAAGUUGCGUCGUGAUAUGGUUCAUGUGAAUGUGAUUCCUCUGAAUCCCACAGGCGGCUACAAGGGGACUGCAUCGGGCAAGAAGCGUGUCGAUGAAUUCAUUCGAAUACUUGAUGAAGAGUUUGGCGUUUCCUGUACUCCCAGGGUUCGUCGAGGCAUCGAUAUUGAUGCAGGCUGUGGUCAACUGAAAGCAAAAGAGCUGGAAGCAGAAGAGAGGGAGGAAGAGUUGAAAUUGCAAAGCUCAGUGGACAAGCCAUAUGUUUCAGUUGAGUCUACCACAGUGGACCUGGAUAGUUCGGAAUCAACAAUUUGCAUGAAUGAAGACGGAGAGAUUAGCGAUGUUACCUUUCACGGCACAGAAGCAGAUCGGCUGAUAUCGAUGGUGAAAGGAUCAGUUGUCAAGGAUGUUUGA